AUGUUUUUCCGUCGAGUGUUUUCGAAGAACGGGACGAGUUCGUCGAGUAGUGGCGAAAGUGCGCCCUCUCCGGCGAUAAGGAAUAACAACGUGCCGCCAAUGAUGAUGUCCUCGUCGACCGGUGGGGUCCCCGUGGAGUCCCCCGCCCGGUACCGGCGAGCGCUGAACGUGGAAAACAAUCACCGGGUGCUGUCGGUGCUGCAGUUGACGCCCCUGUGGGAGUACAUCAUUCGCAACAAUGAGCUGCCGGUCGGGUUGAACAUGAACGAGCUUUUCCGCGAGUUUCUUGAGCGCCUGCACGAUCCGGAAUUUCAGGUUCGCCAGCACGCCCUGCGUGUCCUGAUCGACGUGAUCAUUGUUCUGCGCGACGAAACCGACAUAUACUUUGCUCCGCUACUGCCUCCGAUCAUCGACAAUCUCGGGCAUCCAUCGCCCGCCGUCCGAAAGGGCGCCCUGGACGUGCUGAAGGUGUACAUCGCGCAAACAAAGCUCCCCGAGACCGUCAUGCUAGAGAUCAUGAACUACGGUAUGGAUCGUAACCCGAAGGAUCCACUCAGCAGUCGGUACAUCGUCGGGGUCAUGCUGGCACUUCCAUCGCUGAUCCAACCGGCCAUUCUCACCGCAAAGCGCACCUUUAUCCUGCGAGCUGUCAUCAAUGCUCUUGGCGGAAAGAUGGUGCAGAUCACGUAUCAGGAGAUCGCACUGAAGAUCCUGCUGAAGAUCAAAAACACGAUCGGAUCGCGCGAGUUCUACGAGUGCAUUUCCGUCGCCUAUAGGCGCGACUUUGAUCUCCUCUGCAACGUGUAUGGGUUGCCCAAUCCACCGAAGAGCCCUCGCCGGGAUCCGGUGGUGCCACCGGGGGAAGUGGCACCGGUUGGUAGUGGCGAGCUGCGGAAGUCGUGGAAGCCAGCCGUUGGUCCACCGGUGCAACCACUCUCGCCAAAGGCGCAUCGAUGGAAAUCUGGCAGCUACGGCGACAUUUCUCGUGCAGGAAGCCAAGAACGAGGCCUGCGGAGUCGGACCGCGUCAGCGGAGCGAGUCCAGCGCCAGCACGACUACGUGCUUAGCAAGGGACCGACGGGUGCACCGCUGUUGCGCCGAGUCAGCCUCGAGCAGAUAGACGACUCGAAGGUGAUCAUGGAGACGGAGAUCAAAAUCAACAAGGAGUCGGUUACGAUGCGCAUCCUGGAGGCGGAUCAAUCGAACUCCAACUCCAACUCCAUCAGCGAAGAAAGUGAUGAAGACAACGCCAACAAGCGAUUUGGGGUAGUGCGUGUCCUUACCGACAGCGAGCUCGAAGAGAGCGUGACGGUGAAGUCAAUCGCGGGCAGUCAAAGCCUCUCGAGGCAGGAUACAAUGCUGCAGUCAUCCGACACGGACUACAUCCGAAGGACGCCCCGUCGCGUGCGGUUUGGUGGUGAGAUCGUUAAAAUGCGAACCCCCGACAGUGACACCUUCGACCUAAGUGAUCAUGACGGUCUUUCACAGUCGCAGUCAUCCAACCAGAUGCUAUCCUCUACGACGACCACAUCCGAACGGACAUCUUCUGCGGGACCUCAGCGAUCCUCACUAAAAUCGACUCUCUCGUCAUCGGAACGGAGCAGUGCGACGCCUAUGAUGCGACGCCAGUACUCUCAGUCAGCGGACACCGAACGAUCCUCACCUCCGGACACAUCGUCGAUGAUUGCAUCCUCCGAUUUUAGUAACCACUCCAAACCGCGACCAUCGUCGGCAAAAUCGGCUACCAUAGAUACAUCUUUCGUAAGCGAACUGAACUCGGGAUCGGAUCCGGAGGAUAACAUUUACCCAUCUCAGAGUAUCAGUGAGAUGCCGGAGAAAAUUGACACUAGCACAAGGAGCUCCACACGUCCCAAGUCAUCUCUUUCUAGGCCAAAAACGGCAAAAACUCCUCCAGAACCAGAGCCGGCUGAAAGCGUUCCGCCGGCGGCCAUCAACACGCCCGAAACACCCGAUACUCAAAGUCAUCCAAUGCCUCCAGCACCGAAUCCCGUUCCAGCGCUGGACGCUAGCGCCAUUCUGGCGGACAAAAUCGAAGAGGUGCGACAAGCCAUCCAGGGCAUCGAAAGUAAAAUUCAAAACGUGGUACUGCAGAAGGCCGACUCCGUCGAUGCGGCCAAGGAGAAGGCGGCCACGAGAGACGUAGGAGCUGCUGCUGCUGCUCCGAAACUCGAAUCGAAUCUGUCUCUCGAGGUACUGAUGAAGACCAACGGCACUGAAAAUGCAGAAAACCUCGAGCGGGAUCCCUCGCAAGCCGAACACAACGACAAGGACUACACUAAGGAGCUCAACAUCGAAAUACCGGGCGAGGAAAAGCUUCAGAAUGCUCCACCAGGACGAUCACCAAUGGGCAAAGAUGAUCCGAAGGAGCCGAAACCAACCGUUCCGAGAAUCGUUCGAUCCGGAAUUCCCCGCCUACACACAAUGCCCUCACCCAAGACGAUGCGAAAAGCGCACGCUGAAGCGAGCGGCAGACAAUCGACAAAAAUGGGACCAACCAAGGGACAACUCACACCUCAACUUCCGGCGGAUGGUAGGGGUAGGGCACGGGUUCGCAGUCGAUCGGCAACGUCCGCUUCUCUUAGGCGCAGCGUGUACAUCAGCCCAUCGUCCCUUAGCCCCAAACCGCAUAGCGGCAUCGAGAUGAUUCACAAUCUCCUGCGCAGCCCAUCCACAUCUCCGCACAGGAGUCGACGGAAAAGUUCGGCCGCCAGUGAGUUCAUCGAUUCCAUCGCAUCGAACGACAACAACAACAAUAAUCAACUCAUCUCCAACAACCUUGGCGGAGAGAGCGGUCGAACGGACAAGUGUGUCAACGUGAACGAGGAGGACAUCUUUGACGUAUUCGGGAAAACGAUUGCUACGCAAACUUCCGUGGACGAGCUGGCGGAACCGGUAUUCGUUCCAUUCAGCCGAGCUCCUUCUUCUAAAGUUGGCAUAAGAGUCGAUGUGAACGGGAACCAAGCGGAACCUCCUUCUAGUAGUACGAGCGUCCCGAAGGAUGAGAAAUCUAGCGAACACGAACUUCCUUCCAGACUGUUGCCAUCACCGAAGCCUUCGCAAGAACAACGGAUUGUCAACUCCUGGGAGGAUCUUGGGAUCGUCAGCCAGCUCACACUGUUUCAGCUUAAGAGCGGAGACUGGCGAUUGCGAUCCCAAGGAUUCUGCAGCAUCGAAGAGGCGCUCAAGUCUACCGACAAUCUAGCGAAGGUGCAACCGUACCUGGAAUCGCUACUGCGCACACUGCUGUCUUCCGAGCGGAACAUCGAUGUCAUCGACGACAAGGUACGGAUGUUGGUCAACCUGGUGUCACGGCUUCCGCUGGAGAACCUGGAAGAUCGGGUGGCCCAAAUCAUGACCGGUCUGUGCCGACAAGGUGGACCCGGCAGCAACACGGUGGCGAAGGCGCUAAUGCAACGUCUACCAACUGCGGCCAUUGUUCAGCGACUUCUUUCCGACGACUUCCUGCAUGCCAAAAGCUCCAAGUUUCGCGAGAAUGCACUGCAGAUGGUGUUGUUUGCAUUGAUGACAUUUCCGAGUACCUACUUCGACAUCAAAACGCUCAUUUCCCGAGCUACUGAGGCGGCAUUGGAUCGCAAAAAACGAGUCCGGCAUGCGGCGCUGGAUGUGCUGGCAGUGCUGGGUCAAAUAAGCUCCCCGAAGUUGGUCCUAGACGUCGUGUGUACUGCCGUGGGAACGCGACCGGAAGGGAAUCAUCUGAUCACAGCCGUCAAGGCACGGCUCGCACGGAAGCAGCUGCCCUUCAUCGGCCCGGAUGGGAGUGUCGAGUACGCGGUCAAAGUUCCUUCCAGCCGAUCCAGCUCGGUCAUCAUGUUUGGAGCCGACGUGGACUGGAUCGAGGCUGGUAGUGGUUCCGCUUCGCCUACAUUCAACCGACCGGGGCGCCACAAGUACCCGAGCUUCCAGGUGGAAAACAGUUCGCUCGACGAAAUAAGACAGAAACCUAGCUUUAAAAUAUUUGAUGAUAUCAAACAACCCAUUGAAUCACCUCGUGUUAUUACUUCAGGUUGGACUUCAAAAAUCCCCGUUUCACAUUAUGACAACAACGGUCAGUCAAUGGCCACAAAUGCGUCUCGCACCCUGUACGGCAAUGGGCAAUCGUCCCGGUCGUAUCCCGAGCUGCUGGAUAGCAAACUAGCCGGUGGGAAACCCAGUGGACACAAGAUGGAUGGACAGUUACAGUCUGGCAUACCGCAAAUCUCCAAUGGCAAAUUACCACGCCAUACGAGUAUGGCAUCGAGGUUUCCCGAAAUGGAUCCGAAAGCGAACGGAAAAGUGAACGGUCAGAAGAGCACGAACCCUUAUGAAAUGAGAACUCCCCGAACGCGCGGCAAGUUGUAUUCCCGCAAUAGCGACGGGUUUAUGAGCGAUACUAUCGCCAGUGCCAACAAACAGGUUCACAAUAAUGACACUCGACCUGCUACUGAUCCCGUAGUGGAAAACGAGGGUUUCCGCCAAUCGAAAAGCGGUAUGCGGUUCUACAAUCCAAAUCACUUGGAAAGCAACGGCAAACAGCUAGUGACGACGCAUGCGCAUAUAGACCAGCAAUCUCAUGCAACGCCAAGCAAGUGCUAUAACAACCAGACAGGCACCGGUGAGCCAAACAAUCGGAGCAACAGUGCAACCCACGGCGAGCGGUACUUUGGAGAUUUCGUCACCGGCAGGAGAGGUAGUGCUGGGGGUGGCGGUGGUGCCGGAACUGCGCCCAGUACCCCGAGUCGGGCAAGGUUUCUUGGCGACGACCUAUCGAAUGAAGUUCCGGUGAUCAACCAGGAGAGCUACAUCAUUCAGCGGGAUGAGCACUACGACAGUGACCAGGACGAGCGGUCAAGCAACGAUUCCACCUCCACCAGGAUUAUCUCUAACAGUAUCUUCAACCUAAGGGAUCGAGAUCGGGACCGGGUGACGGUCUUGGACGAUCGAGGCAGCUUUGCACCGUCCGUAGCAUCCGCUUCUCGGCCGCAAUCGGUUAGUUCGCACAAAUCCAUCGGUUCUGGUGCUCUCAAGCAGCAGCAGCAACUUACGGAUGGAAGACUUUCACGAACAAGCAAUGUGUCGUACGCCAGAAACCAUUCCGCCAGUGACAAUGUCUCCCUCAAGUCGAACCGGUCGGCAACGGGAAAGAGUCCAUUAGCCAACGAGGAAGGGGAAUGGUAUGGCGAACGAGCAGCAACACCGAUACCGAGUGAAAUCGACGGAAUCAGCUCCAAUCAGAUUCAGUAUGAGUCCGACUACGACGUUGAGGACGAUGAUGCGCGCAAGGAAGACAGCAAUGGCCAAGGUGCGAGGCCGAUGGGUACACCAAAACGUUAUCCUACGCCAAGUCCACUGCCACUGCAAGGGUCUUAUUCCACGGAAAACUUAUCGGUGCGCAAUGCUUUCCAUCAUGAGGCGCACAACGAUGAGGCCGAGGAGAUAGAGGAGGAAAUAGACAUUCAUCCGAGAAGUCGAGGACAGUCGGCUAGCUUAGGCAACCUUCGGCACCUACCGGACGACGAGGACCGUACUGGAAAUGAUGAACCGCCGAUUGGUUUGCGAGCACCACCGAAAAAGAAGAAACCAUUUUUGGUACGACGCAGCAGUAGGGUGGCUCCGGCCAAGGAAGCUGCCUCGGGGGUGAAGACCAAGAACAAACUCAACGAGGUCAUAUUCCAGAAAACACUUCGCAAAUUCGACAAACCCAAGGACGCCCUCAGUAACUGCCUAUCUCACCUGGAAAGCCCAAACUGGGAGCAAAACAUCAGUGGUCUACAAUUCUUCGUGCGACUAAUACGGCAUCAUCCGGAGGUGAUUGAUACACAGAUCCACCUCCUCUCCGUCGCCUUGGCCAAGCAAGUGCGCAACCUACGCUCACAAGUAGCACGAGCCGCGUGUCAAGCAUCGGGUGAAUUUUUCUCGACCCAUCGCCGCUGCAUCGAGGGUGAGGCUGAGGACAUCGCCACCCACCUUCUGCAUCGCACGGCGGACACCAACAAGUUCCUGCGGGCCGACGCUACACAAGCCCUGGAGUCGAUGUGCGACAACAUAUCCAUCCCGAAGGUGGUGCACAUCAUCGCCUUCAAAGGAGCCACACAUCAGAAUGCGGUCGUACGAACGACGGCCGCAAAGUUGCUCGACAAGAUUGUGCAAAAGAUCGGUAGCGAAAAGGUGUUUGCUCUGCCGAAAGAGACACGCGAUAAAUUGAUAUUGACAGGCGCACAUCUACUGCUGGAAGGAUCGCUGGAAACGCGCAACUUCACAAAGAGUGUGUUUCGCCAACUUUCCGACCAUCCCAGCUACAGCAAAGUAUUAUUAGAAGUGAUACCGUCGCGAACGUAUCGAAACAUAGAGAAAUCGCUUAACAGCAUUCGGCAAAUGUCCUGA